AUGAGUAUCAAAAUUAAUGUCAAGUCUGGCCAGAACAAAUGGGACGUUUCGAUCGACCCGACUUGUUCGGUUGAAGAUCUAAAGAAGGCCAUAGCAGAAAAAUCAGAAAUCGCACCUGAAAGCCAGCGAUUGAUCUACUCAGGUAAAAUCCUGAAAGACGACCAAACCGUGGAGUCGUACAAAAUACAGGACGACCACUCGAUCCAUCUGGUCAAGUCUGGCGGCGCCAAGAAGAGCACCAGUCCCGCUGCUCCAGGUACCACGGGGGCCUCUGGCACCGCGACCGGGUCGCAGCAGCAGCCCAGCUCUGGUUCCACAGCGCCACCUACUCUAUCAACCGGCCAAACCGGCGGUUUCAACCCGUUGUCAGACCUUACAAGUGCCCGUUACGCGGGGUUCUUGAACCUGCCCUCUGCCGACUCUUUUGGACCCGACGGAGGCAUGACAAGUGCUCCAAACUCCGACGAAGUGCUCAGAAUGCUUGAAAAUCCAGUGAUGCAAUCCCAGAUGAACGAAAUGCUCAGCAACCCACAGAUGAUCGAUUUCCUCAUCCAGCAGAGUCCACAAUUACAAAGCAUGGGCCCACAGGCAAGACAACUACUUCAAAGUCCCAUGUUCAGACAAAUGAUGACCAAUCCAGAGAUGAUCAGACAAAGCAUGCAAUUUUCGAGCAUGUUGGGAGGUGCAGACGGGCCCUCGGAUUCCAAUCCUUUUCCAGCACCAGGCUCGACGGAGACUAAUACCUCGGGGCAACCCCCAUCUUCCCAGCAACAGCAGCAAAACCAACAACCACAAGCCACUCAAUCAGCCCCAUUUGCUAAUCCAUUUGCAUCUCUCCUAGGGAAUAUGCCCCAACCGCCUGCUACCGAUUCUGCCGCAGGCUCGAACGUGCCCUCGAACCCAUUUUUGUCCUUACUUGGCGGAGCUGGCGCUGGUGCCGGUGGCAGCACUCUUAACUUUGAUCCUGCGCUGCUUUCCUCGCUUCUGGGUGGCGGCUUCGGCAAUCCUGCCGCGGCACAAGCUCAGCCAGACACUAGACCUCCAGAAGAACGUUACGAACAACAGCUAAGACAGCUGAACGAUAUGGGGUUUUUCGAAUUCGAUAGAAAUGUCGCUGCUCUCAGGAGAAGCGGUGGUUCGGUCCAGGGAGCUCUAGACGCAUUGCUCAAUGGAGAUGUCUAA